GCCGCUGUCAGUACUCAACAGUCUUCUCCCAGCUUAUAAACAUCAUGAUAAACAGAAAGAUUCCUCUAGCAUCUUACCUCUUCACACGCCUUAGGCAGGCUGGCACGAGACGCGUGUAUGGCGUCCCAGGCGACUUCACCCUCCGAGCUCUCGACCAUCUCCCGCCUUCAGGGCUCAAGUUCGUCGGAUGCUGCAAUGAGCUGAAUGCCGGAUACGCAGCGGAUGGAUAUGCUCGAGCUCAACGCCAUCGCAAAGCAUCUGGUGUUGGCGCUUUGAUCACGACUUAUGGCGUUGGAGAGCUAAGUGCGGCUAAUGCCGUCGCUGGAAGCUAUGCGGAGUAUUUGCCCGUUGUUCACAUCGUCGGAACGCCUUCGCGACGAGCAAGACAAGUCUCGUGCUCGUCUCUUGGCGGGAAGAAGCCGCAUUUGCAUAUCCACCAUACGAUGGCCGACUCCAGAAUUGGGGUAUAUCGCGAGAUUGCGGAGAAAUUUACUGUUGCGCAGCUUGAUCUUGCUGAGACGACGCCGGAGGAUGUACCAACUCAGAUCGAUAGAGUUUUGUCCCAGGCGCUACACUAUAGCCGGCCGGUCUACAUAGAGGUGCCGUCAGAUGUUGUCGAGACUGGUAUAUCGUCAGAGAAGCUGAAUGCCCCGAUAGACCCGAAUCCCGACACAGCUCGCAACCUUGACGCUGGUCAAAUGGCACAGAACCUCCUGCAGAAGCUCUAUUCAGCCAAGCGACCUCUUAUCAUAGUUGAUCGAGCUGAAGGCGCAGAGACCAUCAGACAAGAGAUCAAUGAUUUCGUACAGAAAUCCGGCAUUCCUACAAUAUCUUUACCAUCAGGUGCCAGUAUGGUAGACAACUCGUUACCUAACUACUUCGGUGUUUAUUCCGGGGCAAUCGGUGCGGUUGAUUUGACAUCAGCGGUCAAGUCAGCAGACCUUGUCUUGGCCUUUGGAUGUCAAUUCUCUGAUACACAAACACUCGGUUGGGCUGUGUUACCAGAACGACAUGUUAUGACCCUCAUCAGCAGGAAUCAUAUCGAGGACGAACCUGUUGAUGUCCGAGAGGUUCUCAAAGGGAUGGCUCAAACGGUUGAUAGUACCAGACUGCCAGGACAGGAUACGUCCUCAUGGGGAGACUUUAGAAACCAACCGCAGUUCGAGGUCUAUCCCAAGGCGUAUAUCAUCCAAGAUGAGUUCUACAUCCACCUGAACAAACACCUACAGCCCAACGACACAGUCUUACUCGGUAAUGCGACACCAAUCAUAGGAGGCCGCGAUCUGGUUCUUCCACCAUCUUCUCAGCUGAUUGCCUCUGGAAUGUGGUUCUCAAUCGGUCACAUGCUCCCAGCAGCUCUUGGAGUCUCGCAAGCAAAGGCAGUUAUGAAAUCAAAAGGUCGCACGAUUCUUCUUGACGGAGAUGGGAGCUUCCAAAUGACAGCUCAAGAACUCAGUACUAUCAUCCACCAACGUGUCAACGUGAUUAUCUUCAUCAUCAACAACAGCGGGUAUACAUAUGAGAGGUAUAUCCAUGGAAUGAGUGAGGCGUACAACGACGUGGCGCCUUGGAACUAUAGUGCUGCUCCUCAGCUUUUCGGGGAUGCACCAGAAGGGUAUCCGAUUCACUCUUGUAAAGUGAGGAAUAUGGAAGAAUUGGAUGAGGUUCUCAACUCUGAGGGCUUUGUAAAGGGCAAGGGCCUGACUCUUGUUGAUGUUGAGAUGGAUAUGUAUGAUAUCUCGGAAAAGGCCAAGAUUCUAUUUGAGUUGGCUGGAAAGCAGCUGUGAUAGAGCAUUUAGAGACCCAUUUGGUCGUAUGCAUUUGGAAAAAAUGUUUGUCUGAGGCAACCCUCUUAUACUUUGAACACAGAGAUAAUAUC